UUCAACUUAAGAUCAACGACAUCAACGACAACCACGCACGCACACUCUCCUGUCUCUCCCUCCCUCUGUUUUCGGCAGCGAAAUCUCGGACGGAAAGCUAAAGUCAAGGAGAAAAGGACGACGAAGAAGAAGCCCAUUAAAGUUCGUUUAUUACAUUUCGUAUUGGAAGGCAUUCCCUUUCUCAUCCGCAUCAACAUCUUCUUCUCCUUUCCAGAUUCUCGUAAGAGGACAAAGUAGAGGAGGAGAAGGUUUGCAUUUACCUUCUCAUUGCCCUUGGACCAGACAUUCUCGGACCCACCCAUUUAAUCUCUCCGUCCGUCUGUGUCGGGUUCUUGCGCUGGCGGGGGUGGUGUCUAUUGCAGAGAAACGGAGAGAAGAAGAGGAUCGCCUUCUUCUAGAUUUGUCCUACGUACAUUUGGAGGGGACCUCUCAAGAACGAAGUAUGAACUGAAAAAAAGAAGAAGAAGAAGAAGAAGACGAGUAAAGGACCUCUCUCUCAAAAACAAACACAGAUUGGUAUAUUUGAAGGAAAAGUGGUGAAUGCUUUCUGGGAACAUCAGGCUUCUUGCAAGUCUUUUCGGGAAAUAUUUGAUUCUUAUUCUGAGUAGGGAACACCAGGCUUCUUCCAGGAAUACUAUCAUUAUAAUAUUAUAAUGGGUGCUUGUGUGUCAACAUCCUCUAGAAACAUACCAUCACAGAAAAAACACCAAAAAUGCCAUGGAAAGAUUUCUAAUUCAAUCCCUAAAUUUGCAAAGAAAAGGAAUAGUUAUGAAGGAAAUCGGGUAAGAGAUUAUGCUGUUAGUAAGUUUGUUCACAUGGACUUUGAGAAUGGUGCAACAACUACUUGCAGAAGAUCUGAGGUUUCCAAUUCGACAUUCCAUCUCACCCAGCUGCAAUGGCACCACAGUCAGUAUGAUGCGAAUGUAAUUUGCCAAGAGGAUGCUUGGUUUGACUCAGUUAGUAUUCUGGAAUCUGAUUCAGAUGAUGACUUCAGUAGCGUAAAUGGAGAAGCCGCAGAUGGAUUUCCCUCUGUAAGCAAUGCAAUUGGGAACAUAUCUAGUGGCCAAGUGCUUCAGUUUGAAAGAUCAGCAUGCUUUAUGGAUAGUAGGUGUAACUAUGAAGAGUACCACGAAAGCUAUCUCAAAAUCGAUGGAAGUAAAUCAGAGAAAUUUCGUAGCCAGGGUUAUGAGCUUUCUUGCUCAGGGAAGGCUGAUGAAGUUUGCAGCAAGAGGAAGAAAAUGUUGGAUCAUUCUUAUGGAAGCUUCAAAGGUCUUCAAGAGGAUAGACGAGAUUCUGAAGAGAAAAUUCAAGGGUUACCUCGGUUGGUUUCUUCUAUGAGUUUCAAUGACAAGAUUCUAAACCCAUCAAGUACAGGUCGACUGUCUCAGCGGAAGCACUCUGCAGUUUUCAGGCUUUCUUUCAAGAGAAGAUCCUGUGAUGGAGAAGAAACCAUAGAACAUUGUCAAUCAAAAAAGUACAUGUAUCGUCCCAGAGCAGGACAUACAAUUCCACGUUGUGCAGGGGAGAAGCCAACCCCAGGAUGUUGGUCUGAGAUUCCACCCUCAACCUUCAAACUCCGUAGUGAAAGCUAUUUCAAAGAUAAGCGGAAGUCACCCUCUCCAAAUUACAGUCCAUAUACUCCAAUAGGUGUUGAUUUAUUUGUCUGCCCAAAAAAGAUACACCACAUUGCCCAAUACCUUGAGCUUCCUAAUGUGAAAACAGAUGGCGAAGUGCCUCCACUUCUUAUUGUAAAUAUCCAGAUGCCUACUUAUCCUGCUGCAAUGUUCCUUGGUGAUAGCGAUGGGGAAGGGAUGAGUCUUGUGCUAUACUUCAAAGUAUCUGAGAGUUUUAAUAAAGACAUCUCUUCUCAGUUUCAGGAUAGCAUCAAGAAAAUGGUGGAAGAUGAGAUGGAGAAGAUUAAAGGGUUUACAAAAGACUCCACUGUUCCUUUCAGAGAAAGGCUGAAGAUCAUGGCUGGUGUAGUUAAUCCCGAGGAUCUUCACUUGAGUUCGGCUGAAAGGAAGCUUAUACAUGCAUAUAAUGAAAAACCAGUCCUUUCCCGCCCUCAGCACAAUUUUUUUAGGGGUUCUAACUACUUUGAAAUUGAUCUGGAUAUUCAUCGCUUCAGCUACAUUUCAAGGAAGGGGCUUGAAGCAUUCCGAGAGCGCUUGAAAAAUGGAACUCUUGAUUUAGGUUUAACAAUCCAGGCACAAAAACCGGAAGAACUGCCAGAGCAAGUGCUGUGCUGUUUGAGACUAAACAAGAUAGAUUUCAUUGAUCAGGGUCAAAUACCGACACUAGUGACCCAAUGACUUGUAUGAAUGCUGAAAUGCAGGGUUCGGCGUAUAAAUUUGAUGUUGAUGGACACGACACCUAUGUAAUUGGGGAUCAUCGGGAUAUCCAUUCUGUGCGCACCCCCCCUGCAUAUGCCAGCCUUCAAACUAAAAUCCAAAAUGACAAAAGUGUUCUUGUGUUUAGAAUCAAUAAUCAUGCUAACAUCAGCAUGUUUGGGCAACCGUGUAUAUGUUAUAUAUCGUGUUACUAUGACUCUGAGCCUUGGCUUGUCUUGGAAACAAAACCCAUUUUGGACAAGGAUUUGAAAUUGGAUCACAUAUACUUGUAGACUACGGCUGCAUUUGAUUGUAAGACUCAAUUGAGUUCAGUCUAAUUUUAAGUUGAAUCUAACAU